GAAAAAAACUGGGAGGAGAGAAAAAGAGAAAACCAGGGAACUGAGUCGGCGGCUCUCAGUCUGCAGCUCCCCCUCAACUUCCGCAGACCCGCGUCCGAUCAAGAGAGGAACCUGGAGAGGACCGUCCUGUCUCGCCGAGCUCACCACGUCCCCGUGCUGAAUAUUUCCCCGGAUUCUUCAUGUCAGUCCGAGUUCCCGCCAUGAGUGUUCUUCCUCCUGUCCGAAGGGACCGGGUCAUCGUUCAGCUUCCUCAGUACUUCAGGAAAGAAGCCGCUCUCCACACCAAAGACGAAUUUCACAAUAAAGUGAAGACUGCCUGCCAGGAGCAGCGCACCGGCACCGUGGGCAGAUUUAAAAUCUCCAAGGUCAUUGUUGUGGGCGACCUGGCUGUCGGGAAAACCUGCCUGAUUAAUAGAUUUUGCAAAGAUGCUUUCGAUAAGAACUACAAGGCCACGAUCGGUGUCGACUUUGAGAUGGAGCGCUUCGAGGUGUUGGGUGUUCCUUUCAGCCUCCAGCUGUGGGACACUGCGGGCCAAGAGAGGUUCAAGUGCAUUGCUUCCACAUACUACAGAGGAGCCCAGGUUGUGAUCAUCGCGUUUGAUGUGAAUGAUAUUGCGUCUUUGGGUCAUGUGAGGCAGUGGCUGGAGGACUCCCUGAAAGAGAACGACCCCACCAGUGUCCAGCUGUUCAUCGUCGGCACAAAGAAAGACCUGAGUUCUCCUGCUCAGUAUUCCCAGAUCGAACAAGAUGCCCUCAAACUAGCACAAGAGAUCAGUGCAGAGUACUGGGCCGUUUCAUCACUCACAGCAAGGGGAAAACGUGAAGGAGUUUUUCUUCCGAGUUGCAUCGUUGGCAUUCGAGACCAACGUUCUUGCCGAGCUGGAGAAAAGUGGAUCAAGGCAAAUCGGAGACGUUGUCAGAAUUAACAGCACUUCAAGCAAUCUGUACGCUACGCCGAAGAAGAAACAGCCCAACUGCUGUCAGUGAGGAUGGGAGCCGGAGCUUUAGAGUCAGAGUUACGGACUGAAAAGGAGGAUUUCUCUCAGUGGGGAAAAAAAGAGGACGGUGGCUGCAUGGGAGGGAUUUCUGUGGUCGAAGCAGGAGGAGGCACGCUGGAGCUUCACUUCCUGACGUGUUUGAAUUCAGUUUUUCCUGGCCUCUGAUGAGUUUGUUUUUUUUUCCCUCUGUGGGAUGUGGAUUCUUGUGGCGUUGCUCAGUUUAACAUGUCUGGAGUUACACAGUGACACAAAAAUGACCGGUUCUCCAGAGAUGCCAAAGAAUGACUGUGGAUGUGUGGAUGUGUGGACGCUUACUUUACUUAGGGCUGGAAACAAGUAUUCAGUUUUGCUGCUGUAGUCGCUGUUUUACAAUCGAGAUUUUUCCUCACAGUAAUACGCUGGUUUAGUUUUGUUUUAAAUCGGUACUAGGCUUAUUUUUUUAAUAAUAUUUUAGAUUAGAGGUUCAGUCAUCUCUGAUUAGCCUGUAGACUUCACUUGGAGGUCUCGACCCCCAGGUUGAGAACCGUUGUUGUCAUGCAAAUGCAGCUUUGAAAUGUUUUUAUCUGCAGUGUAUGCUUCAUAGGUACUUUUUUUGCUUUUUGUUCACAAUAAAGUCAAUGACUAAAUAUUUGUAUCAGAAACUG